AAAGCGACGAAACCAGCAAAAAACAAAAAAAAUACAUAUAAAAAAAGGGAAGCUCGACAAUUUAUUUUGCCAAAUUAUAACACAAUUUGUAUCAUCAUCAACUGCGAGGCAGAGCAGUGGGCACUUCAUUAAACAUCAAAGCAAGUUGCGUGUAACCGCAGAACGUGCAAAUUCCACACCGCAGCAACUGCAACACACAACAAGUGCACAACCAAAAAAGAAAACAACAAAAAAACUGUGAAAAAAUGUUGGCCAUGCCCACGCUGAUGAUGCCAGCCACUGCACAGAUGACGCUCAGCAGUCAGCCCUUGUCUGUGGCAACCGCCCAUGGUAAACCGUAUGAGACGAAGCUGCUGGCAAUCCAUCAGACCCACUUACAACAGCAGCAACAACAGCAGCAGGUAACCGCCUCCCAGCAGCAGCAGCAGGUACCAAAUGGCAAGCAGUCCCAACAGCAGCAGACUCAGCAAAUGACAAUUGUUACCACGCAGCAGCAGCAGCAACAUCAGCAGCAACAGCAGCAGCAGCAGCAACAACAGCAGCACUCGCAUUCGCAAUCGCAGUCACCGCACCAACAGCAGCAAUCGCAGCAAGCCGCUGCAGUGGCAGCAGCAGCAGCUGCAGCAGCUGCUCACCAUCAGCAGCAACAGGCCGUGGCCGCUGCAGUCUGUGCUGCUCAGCAGCAGGCAGUUGUCGUUCAGCAGCAGCAGCAGCAAUAUCAAAUCCAUUCGCAGCAGCAAUCACCUCAGCAGCAGAUCCUGAGCAUUUCUCCCAAGCAGGAACAAUUCCACAUUUUUGUCGGUGACUUGAGUUCAGAAAUUGAAACUCAGCAAUUGCGAGAAGCAUUCACACCAUUCGGCGAAAUCUCCGAUUGUCGCGUGGUACGCGAUCCACAAACCUUGAAAUCGAAGGGCUAUGGCUUUGUGUCCUUCAUCAAGAAAUCGGAAGCUGAAAGCGCCAUUACGGCCAUGAAUGGCCAAUGGCUGGGCUCCCGUUCAAUUCGCACGAAUUGGGCCACACGGAAACCGCCGGCGAGUAAAGAGAACGUCAAACCAUUGACCUUCGAUGAAGUCUAUAAUCAGAGCAGUCCCUCCAAUUGUACCGUUUAUGUGGGCGGCGUUAAUAGUGCCCUUACCGCACUCAGCGAGGAGAUCCUUCAAAAGACAUUUACCCCAUAUGGUGCAAUACAGGAGAUACGCGUCUUUAAGGACAAGGGCUAUGCCUUUGUGCGCUUUUCCACCAAGGAGGCCGCCACUCAUGCCAUCGUUGGAGUACAUAACACAGAGCUCAAUGCUCAACCGGUUAAAUGCUCAUGGGGCAAAGAGAGCGGUGACCCAAAUAAUGCCCAGACAAUUGCCAGUCAAGCCCUUAGCAAUGCAGCAGCCGCUGCCGCCGGAUAUCCGUAUGGCGUGGGCGCUGCUGCUGCAGCUGCUGCCGCCUAUGGCCAGCAAUUGGCCGCCACUGGCUGCUGGUAUUCACCGACACCCACUUAUCCGACGUCCUCGGCAACUGCUACAGCUGUAACGCCAGCGGCGGCCAGUGCAGCGGCUGUGCAGAAUCAAUUCCUGCAGGGAAUCCAAGGAUAUCAUUUCGGUCAAUACGGUGGCUAUCAGCAAGGAUACAUGGGCAUGGGGGUACAGAUACCAGCCACCUGGCAAGGAGUCACACAGGCCCAAAUAUCGCCGGCCCAACAAUUGGCAACAGGCGUGGCCGGCACUGCCAUACCACAGGCCGCCGGCGUUGUUGCCUAUCCCAUACAGCAGUUCCAAGUGAGCCCACAGGUUUAUCCUUUACUUUUGCAGGCACAGUAAACCAAAUAAGACCAAAAAAAAAAAAAACAAAAAAAUAAAAAUUAUGCAAAAUUUAAACGUACAGCUAAACUUCUGAGCAGAAACAAAACCAAUCCGAGCUGUAAAUAUUCUUAUAUAGAGAAAGUGAAAGAGGAGGGCAAGCAAUCGAUGGCAAGUUGACGUUUUUGGCCAAUUAUAGAAAGCUGCAUCCUUGCAACCAAAAAAAAAAGAGAAAAAACCUAAACCAAAUCCAAAAUGCUAAAUGCAACUUACACACACACACAGACAUACACAAACACUCACAUAUAUCUAUAACUAAUGAUUAAUUAACUAUAAUAUAACUAGAGCAUAAAUAUUUAUGUAUGAAAGGCCAUUGAAUAAGUAUUGCAUAAAAAAAGGGGCAAAGCAAGCGCCAGCAAAAAGGCGAGGCCAUCAAUUAUUAUGUAUGUAUAUGCCUAAUUGCUUACACGCAAACACACACACAGACAC